UGAAACAAUGAUCGUGCGCCGUCGCGUUUGGUUGAGAAGAAGACUUCCGGCGGAGGGAAACUACUCUCUGUACCGCUGAGGUACAAGCCUAUGGAAACAUCUUUUAUUGUAGACCGAUUUGCCAUAUCCACAGCUUAGUGCCUCAUUAUAAUAAAAAGAAAGAACUUCAGGGAUUGUUAAACAGUUUGAAAAUGGAAUCAGUUUCAGAGCUAAGUGAGGAAUUAGAUUCCGUCACCAGUGAACUACAAGCAAUAGAAAUUCAGAUACAAGAACUUUUGGAAAGACAACAAGAACUUAUUCGGAAAAAGACUGCCCUAAAGAAGAAAAUAAAGGAAUCUCUAGAAGAUUCAGGUGCUGGGGCAAGCUCAGAAUUGGAUUCCUCUCCUGAGGGCUGGAAUAAAGAAGAUUUUCCAUGGUCUGGAAAAAUUAAGGAUGCCAUGCAGAAUGUCUUUAAACUGCAAAAGUUUAGGUCUCUACAGCUUGAAACUAUUAAUGUGACAAUGGCUGGAAAGGAAGUAUUUCUUGUGAUGCCAACUGGAGGUGGAAAGAGCUUGUGUUACCAGUUACCAGCAGUAUGUUCUGAUGGUUUUACACUUGUGAUCUGCCCUUUGAUUUCUCUUAUGGAAGAUCAGUUAAUGGUUUUAGAACAAUUGGGAGUUUCAGCUACUUUACUAAAUGCUUCCAGCACUAAGGAGCAUGUGAAAUGGGUUCAUGCUGAAAUGGUAAAUAAAAACUCUAAGCUAAAGCUCAUUUAUGUUACUCCAGAGAAAAUUGCUAAAAGCAAAAUGUUUAUGUCAAGACUGGAGAAAGCCUAUGAAGCAGGAAGAUUUACUAGAAUUGCUGUAGAUGAAGUUCAUUGCUGUAGUCAGUGGGGACAUGAUUUCAGACCUGAUUAUAAGGCACUUGGUAUCUUAAAGCGGCAGUUUCCCAAUACAUCAUUAAUUGGUUUGACAGCAACUGCUACCAAUCAUGUUUUGAAGGAUGCUCAGAAAAUUUUGUGUGUUGAGAAGUGCUUUACAUUUACUGCGUCUUUUAAUCGGCCAAAUCUUUAUUAUGAGGUUCGGCAGAAGCCCUCGAACACUGAUGAUUUCAUUGAAGAUAUUGUGAAGCUCAUUAAUGGAAGAUACAAAGGACAGUCUGGAAUCAUAUAUUGUUUUUCCCAAAAGGACUCUGAGCAAGUCACAGUUAGUUUACAGAAGCUGGGAAUUCAGGCAGGUGCUUACCAUGCAAAUAUGGAACCAAGAGACAAGACUGCUGUUCACAAAAAAUGGUCAGCAAAUAAAAUUCAGGUAGUAGUGGCAACAGUUGCCUUUGGAAUGGGAAUUGAUAAACCAGAUGUGAGAUUUGUUAUUCAUCAUUCAAUGAGCAAGUCUAUGGAGAAUUAUUACCAAGAGAGUGGACGUGCAGGUCGAGAUGACCUGAAAGCUGAUUGUAUUUUAUAUUCUGGUUUUGGAGACAUAUUCAGAAUAAGUACAAUGGUGGUGAUGGAAAAUGUAGGUCAACAGAAACUUUAUGAAAUGGUGUCAUAUUGCCAUAAUAUGCACAAAUGUCGCCGUAUGCUGAUAGCUCAACAUUUUGAUGAAGUGUGGAAUUCAGCAGCUUGCAACAAAAUGUGUGAUAACUGCUGUAAAGACAUUUCAUUUGAAAAGAAGAAUGUUACUGACUACUGCAGAGAUUUAAUCAAGAUACUGAAACAUGCUGAAAAACUAAAUGAAAAGUUAACGCCAUUGAAACUUAUUGAUGCCUGGAUGGGAAAGGGUGUAGCAAAAUUGAGAGUGUCUGAUGUUGUUUCCCCUAAACUUCCACGUGAUGAAUUGGAGAAAAUUAUUGUUCACUUCAUCCUACAACAAUAUCUCAAAGAAGACUUCAGUUUUACAGCAUAUGCUACUAUUUCAUAUUUGAAAAUAGGCCCUAAAGCUCAUCUUCUGAACAAUGAAGAACAUAUCAUUACCAUGAAAGUGAAGAAAAGCACAAAGGGAUUUUUCAAGGUUGAAUUACCUCAGGUUUCUAAUUCUGAAGCAGAGAGAAAGAUGGAAGAAAAAUAUUCUGCUAACUUCCAGAAUAUAGAUGUAAAGAUGUGUGGAAAUAUGCUUAAACGGCCUCAUUCAGAGACUACAAAGGCAAAGAAAAGGAAGCUAGAUAACUCAGUUGACUAAAUUUUCUAAAAGAAGCAAAGUUGUUAUCACCUCAACAAAAUUAAUUUUUGGAUUGUUUCAUUGUAUGUAUAUAGAGUUACAUUUUCAUAAUUUUAAGCGAUUUUUGCAUGAACAAUUAUUGUAUUUUUUGAAAUACUGCCGAUUUAAGAUUAUGAAACAAACAGAAAACAGAAAAACAUAUAAUAAAAUGAAGUACAAAAAAAGUAAAAAUUUAAGGAGAAUGUUGAAUGUCCUAAAUAUACAUAGGUUAUUCAGUUGCCAUAGCUGGUAAACAUAGCUGUAAAAAUACAGCUUGUAUUUUUAAUAAAGCAACACACUAAAGGUAGAUUAAAAUCAGUAUAGUGGCAGAAAAACAAUUGCCUUUGGAGUCAAGAGAAUCUGGAUAAAAAUACCACCUCUUACACGGCUUCCCUGUAUGAGCUUGGGCAUAAACUUCCACUAGUCUCUCAGUUCCCUCAUGUAUAAAAUGAAAAGAGAUUAGACUAGAUCAGUGUCACUAAACCCAAAUAGAAAUGGGAGCCACUCAACUGUAUAUAAAGGUCCUUUUAGGUAUAUAUUGACUUAGAAAACUACAUAUUAACAUUAUGCUUUAUCAUAUUUUUAUUUUGUUGAAUAUUUCCCAAUUACAUUUUAAUCUGGCUUGGACCAUACCAUAUGCAUCUUUUUCCUGUUCACAAAUUCAAAGAUAAUAGGUACCUUAUUAUAAAUAUCAAGAGGCACCAUAGUUUUUGUUGCUAUUUAGGUAAAGGUGAAAACAUAAAGAGAGUUCCAUUAUGACUUAGAGUAGCUAAAGGAAAAGUAGCUAUUCGUUUAAAAACUUUUAAUUGGCACUACUUAAAUAACAUUUUUCAGGUUUGGAAGGUGGUGGUUGUUUUUUUAAUAUAUAUUUGGUAAGCUUCCUUGUAAAAAACCUUUCAGAUAGUUUCAGCUGAUUUUUUUAAAGCAACUUCUUAACCUCAUUAGUUUUUUAAACACAUCAUUGUGUUUAAAUUGCAAAUAGAUAUUUGAUAAUGUCCAAGGUAUUGAAUAAUGUCACAGUUGUUUAAAUGUACCAUCCAGUAAACUAAAAUGCUGACAAAUACCUGAGUAAUCACAAUAUUAAAACUAUCUACAUAUAAACCACCUAAAACAUCGUACUUCUAGUUUAAUGGAAGUGAAACAAAAUUUUAGAUGUAACAUCCAUUUCUCUAAAAGGGGAGACUACAAAUUGUAAAUAUUAAUUUGUUAAAUUCAAAAGUGAAAGGAGAAGAAUAAUUACUAAAAGUGAGAGGAUUACUAAAAUAAACUUGCAUGGUUGGAACAAUGUUGUGGACAAUCU